AUGUACACUCCGUAUCAAGGACAGGCCCAGAAUGCGAACCAGAAUCAAUAUGGUUCGUAUGGGCAUCCGCAACAGUCACAGCAACCGCACCAACAGCAGCAGUAUCAAGCAUCCCAACCUCAACAACAAUACCAGCAGUUUGGUGGUGGACUCCAGCAUCCGCAGCCUCAGCAUCACGCUUAUCCGAAUCAACAACCACAGCAACAACAUCAACAUCAACAAUUCCAACACGGGAGUGACUCCUCAGGCGGAUAUGGGAACUUUUUCUCGGACCCAGCGUCCGCAAUGGCUGCCCAGUUUGCUAAGAACUCCUUUGGUCAAUCUAACGAUUACCUCCAACAAAAUUUCGGACUGCUUAUCCCAGGGACUGGAGACAUCAAUUACUACUUCAAGGUUUCAAACUCGUAUGUUUUACGUAAAGUCGGUGUGAUUCUCUUCCCAUAUCGCCACAAGAAUUGGAACAGGCUCACAUCCUCAUCGGACCCCAGCCAACAACCAUCAUCUAGUUCCACUCUGUCAGUGCAGUAUGUCCCCCCAACUCACGAUUUGAACGCUCCUGACUUGUAUAUCCCGCUUAUGUCGUUCAUUACGUAUAUUUUGCUUUGGGCAUCGUUCCAGGGUUUCAAGGGAGACUUCCACCCACAGCUUUUCGGGUACUUGGCAUCCCAAACGUUGGCCUGUUCUCUCAUCGAUAUUACAGUUUUCAAAGUCGGGCUUUAUUUAUUGAAUUGCUCUACGCAAUCGCUGUUCUGGGAUAUAAUUGCAUUUUCUGGUUAUAAGUAUGUUACCAUUAUUGCGUUGUUAUGUUGGAAGAACUUAAUUGGCGGCGGUUGGAUAUACUUUGGGGUUGUUCUUUUAUUUACAGGGAACUUAUCCUUAUUCUUGAUGAGAUCGUUGAAGUUUUUCGUGUUACCAAUUGGCUCAGGUGUAGAUCACUCAGCCAGUAACAGUAUUAGUUCAGGGCAAAGAAGGAUCAGAAUACAGUUUUUGUUUGUCUACGCAGUUGUGCUACAGAUAUUGUUGGUGUUGUUCAUGAGCAGGUAG